AUUUAACUGUCCAAACAUGGAGUAUUCAUUUCCAUCACGUGGGAUGUUGUGGCCUCCUAAUUUAAAGAUAUUAUCAUUAGGAUUUUUAAAGAAACCAAUGUCAAAGUGGGGGAUUCAAAAUUACCCACCCUCGCUUGUUCAGUUAUUGUUAUGUGGAGGUGGUGCAGUGGAUUCAUUUGGAAUAAUAAGGGAAGGUCACAAUGAUACGAUUAGCUCAUCAUGUUUUCUUCUUCCACCGUCUCUAACUUAUCUAGAGAUAUGGGGAUUUCCGCAAGUGGAAUCAAUUUCAGAGGUCUUACAACACCAUCCUCACCUUCAACAAGUGGUUGUUUUUAACUGCCCGAAACUUACAGAUAAUCCGCCAGAGAUAACUUCAUGGGUGGCAAAUGAUUUUGGGUUUGUCCGAUACUAAAGCAAAAUUUCCAGGUUUGUCAAUCUCGAGAGCUGACAGUUGUCUUUGAAGAGGAGAAUCAGAAGAAACCGAACCGUCUGCUAUGAGAAUAACAAGAAAAAUGUUUGUUGAAACUCAUCAAAGAAACACAGUUUAUGAUGUUUUAGGUAAUAAAUUGUCAACUGAAUUUAAGUGCCGAUUUGCUUGCGUUAUUUAUCUACUUCUUUUAGGGAGAUUAUAAUGUCGCAAAGUCAACUGUAGGAGUCCUGAAUAAGUAUGUUCUUCCUGUAUUUAAUUAGAUUGUUGUUCAAAACAAUGUAAUGUAAUGAAGAUUUCAAGGAAUAAAUCUUAGCCGAAUC